AUGGAGACCAAAGGCAGCCGAGAUCCUCGAUUUGGCGACCUCUAUCGUAACUUCAUGCAGGAGUUCGAAGACCUACAAUACAUGAAGAGAGUCAACAUUGUAACGACAGCGGAUGAUCUCAAGUGUUACUUACCGCAUCACGGGGUCCUGAAGAAGUCGAGCACGACGACAAAACUCCGAGUCGUAUUCAACGGCUCUCAACGCACACGGGCCGGAUUGCCGUCUUCAAACAAUCCUGUGGCGUCACAACAAGACGGACGAAAUCCAAGAAUACGAGCUGCUAACAGUGACCUACGGCAUGGCUUGUGCACCUUUCCUGGCCAUACGAACGCUGCGGCAACUCUGUGCAGACGAGGGGACGCAAUUUCCUCAAGGGGCCACAGCACUUCGGCGAGACUGCUACGUCGACGACGUGGUCACCGGCGCAGACAACCUCGACGAUGCCAUCAACCUCCAGACGGAGCUACGCCACUGUGCACGGCGGGCGGAUUUCCACUGAGGAAGUGGGCCGCAAAUAACUCCGAAGUCCUCGCGGGAGUCCCUCAAGAGCAUCGGCUGCAGCAAGGACCGCAUUUAUGGGACGGAGAGAGCCAUUCGACCUUGGGCCUGCGAUGGCAUCCUCAAGAUGACUGGUUUGCCUUCGCCAUACAUCCACGUUCAGUCACAGAAUUCACGAAGCGACGAGUCCUCGCCGAGACUGCACGGCUAUUCGACCCGAUGGGCUGGCUUGCGCCUGUCGUGAUUCGGGCGAAGAUCUUGAUCCAGACCACAUGGCUUCAGCAGCUGGACUGGGACGCUCCACUGCCUGUCAAGGAUGUUCAACGUUGGCAACAACUGCUGAACCAGCUACCUCUGCUCAGCAACAUACGAGUUAAUCGCUGGCUCAGCACCGGCGACAAUCACUCAAGGCUGCAGCUCCACGGCUUCGCUGACGCUUCCGAACGAGGAUACGCCGCAGCGGUUUACCUCCGCAACUCUGAAAACAGGAAAACAUCAACUACUUUGCUCAUGACGAAAUCCAAGGUCGCACCCGUCAAGCAAGUUUCACUGCCUCGCCUGGAGUUGUGCGCUGCUGAUCUACUCACCACGCUCACGCUGCAUGUUCGCAACACGCUCGGCUUGGCGUCUACUCCAGUGUACUUGUGGUCCGAUUCCAAGGUCACCCUCCAUUGGAUCCAGGGACACGCCACCCGCUGGAAAACUUUCGUCGCCAACCGGGUAGCUCAUAUCCAAACACAGCUCCCGGACGCUCAGUGGAAGCACGUAGCCGGGAAAGACAAUCCUGCAGAUUGCGCAUCAAGAGGAAUUACUCCUGAGGAAUUAAUCAACCACGCAUUAUGGUGGACAGGACCUACCUGGUUGACACUGGACGAAACGGCGUGGCCCAACUCAGAGGUCGACAUCUCAGAGGACGACCUUCCAGAACAACGCACCACCAGCCUGAUAACCAGGAGUUCCGUCAUCAUCGAACCGGACAUCCUGCUGCGGUUCUCCGCACUUCAUCAGCUACUGCGCGUUACGGCUUGGUGUCGUCGAUGGCUCAAGCUGGCAAGCCGGGAAGCCACAUCUGGUCGCCCGCUGCAUCCUGACGAGCUAGACGCCGCUCUAUUUCAGUGGCUUCGAGUGGUGCAGGCGCUCCACUUCCCUGACGAGGUAGCUGCUGCUACCGCAGGACGGCCCGGUCCACCACGCAGUUCACUGGUCAAGCUGAAUCCAUUCCUCGACGACCAAGGUGUGCUUCGCGUCGGAGGACGCCUCAAGCACGCUCUGCUGCCCUACGACGAAAAGCACCCGGUGAUCGUCCCACCAGCCUCCUGGAUGACGCGACUGCUAAUUGAGUCCUGCCAUCGUCGGUCUCUGCAUGGCGGCGUCCAGAUGACUCUCAGCUUACUUCGCCUUCGAUUCUGGGUGCCACGUGGAAGAACCGUCGUCAAGCAGCAGUUGCAUCGGUGCGUCACUUGCACGCGCUGGCGAGCUGCCACUCCACAACCUCCUAUGGGCAACCUUCCUCGUGACCGAGUGACGCCGACUCGACCAUUCCUGAGUACUGGCCUGGACUACGCGGGACCCAUUUCUAUCCGGACCAGCAAAGGACGCGGACACCGCUCACAGAAGGGAUACAUUGCAGUCUUCAUAUGUUUCUGGUCAAAGGCUAUCCAUCUCGAGGUCGUCUCGGAUUACAACUCCGAGGCCUUCAUCGCCGCCUUACGCCGCUUCGUCUCUCGCAGAAGUCUGUGCACGGACAUCUACAGCGACUGCGGCACAACAUUUAUUGGCGCCGAUCGCACGCUACGUGAGCUUUUCAAGGCGUCGACCUCCGAGGGCCAUCACAUCGCCCGCGCCGCCAGCACUCAGGGGAUCCGCUGGCAUUUUAAUCCGCCAGCGGCUUCUCACUUCGGUGGUCUUUGGGAGGCUGCCGCUCUAUCAGACGAUCCAGACGACACUUCGGCGCUCACACCAGACCACUUUAUCAUCGGAGCACCGUUACUCGCGGUACCUGAGCCAUCGCUGACGGGUCAAUCAACCUCCACGCUGUCACGCUGGCGUCACCUGCAGUUGAUGCGAGACCAUUUUUGGCAGCGGUGGUCGGCUGAGUAUGUGCACGGCCUCAACCCCCGCACCAAAUGGUUCAAGGCCGAGUCCGUACCUCACGUCGGGGACCUCUGCAUCAUCCGCUCGGAGCUCACCCCGCCGACCCGAUGGCCUCUCGCGCGGAUCACGAGACUGCAUCCCGGGGACGACGGUAUCGUCCGCGUGGUCUCAGUCCGCACCGCCACAUCAGAACUCGUGCGCCCGAUUAUUAAAUUGGUCAUGCUACCGGGCGCGGAUGGUAUUCCGGGCAUGAAUAACGCGGACACGCCGCCCGCCGGCACGUAA